AGCUCUUCCUUCUGGGCGUCUUCCUCCCCUGGGCUGUUCCGGAUGAGACGCCUCCCUCCCUCCGCCCCUCUGAUCCUCUUAUCAGCGAGUAAGCGGCCAAGAUGGAUGUUGUAAACCAGCUGGUGGCCCAAGGGCAGUUCACGAUAAUCAAACAACCUCUGGGAUUUAUAAAAGCUCUACAAUGGAUCUUUGCAAUCUUCGCUUUCUCGACAUGUGGAAGUUACUCUGGCAUGUUCAAGAUGAGUGUGGAGUGCAGCAACCGCUCGGAAAGUGAUCUAGGCAUAGAAGUAGAGUUUGAAUAUCCAUUCAGGCUCCAUCAGGUUUACUUUGAUGCACCCACUUGUAAGGGAGGAGACAAGGAGCGUCUGUUCCUGGUCGGGGACUACUCCUCUUCAGCCGAGUUCUUCGUCACCAUUGGUGUCUUUUCCUUCCUCUACUCUAUGGCAGCGCUCGCUGCAUACUGUUUCAUCUUAGAGAAGUACCGCGAAAACAACAAAGGGGCCCAGAUUGAUUUUGUUGUGACGGCGGUAUUUGCCUUCAUGUGGCUGGUAUCUUCUUGUGCUUGGGCUAAAGGCCUCUCAGAUGUGAAAACAGCCACUGAUCCAGAGCGGGUCAUCACUCUCAUCCAAGCCUGUGAAGAACGAGAAAAUAAGUGCCGUGAGAUCCAUGACCCCAAGGUCUCCGGCCUCAACACCUCUGUGGCUUUUGGUUUCAUCAACCUUAUCCUGUGGAUUGGAAACCUCUGGUUUGUCUUCAAAGAGACCGGUUGGAAGGCCGCUUUUGCUGGAACGUAUGUCCCAUCACAGGAGAAGCAGCCCGCCCCAGAUUCCUAUGCCCAGGAAGGCUAUGGACAGCAGGACCCCUAUGCCGGCUCCCAGGGAGGUUACCAGCCCGAUUACGGCCAGCAGGGAGGCUACAAUGAGGAUGGAGGUUAUAACCAGGGCUAUGACCAGCAGCCUACCUCUUACUCUAAUCAGAUGUGAGCCUGUCUUGAAACACUACAGCUGCAGAAUGGUUGACCUUGUGAUUUUGGAGUGUGGCUCUCCACCGACCACCACUUUCAUUUCCACACUCCUCUGUUUGUCUGUUUGUGUAUCUGUGAGUUGACAGGCAGAGGGAGGGAGGCCUGGAGGGGAGACACCGGUGGGGCUGGGGGAGGAGAUCAUCACUGUGGGUGGGGGUGGGAAGGAAAAAAACAGAGGGAAAAUGGAUCUUUGCUGUAACAUGAUGUUUAUUCUCGUGAUGUAUUUACUGUAGAAGACAACAGAGGACUGUCUGUUUGGUUAUACGAGAAAAACUUGAAUACAAAUACCAAAACAUUCGUUGAUGAACAUUUAUGAGAAAUCUUGUAAUGGAAAAGACAUUUACGGAAAAAGAAAAAAAAACACAUUGUAGUAAGAUUUAACUUGGGAGAAUGUAUUUGUCUGUGCUGUGUAAAUAUCAACAUACUGAUAUAUAUGAUUAUAUGUACACAGUUGAAUAAUUGUGCACUCCAUAUUAGUUGUUAUACAACAAAUGUUGAGCACAGAGUUAUUCAAUUGCAUUUACUUUGGUUCUGUUUAGGAGCUCACAUAGUUUAGCCUUUGCCCUUAAGUUUCCAUAAACUAUUAAUACUAACAUCAUCUUCUUAUUUUCUCAUCUCAGAAUCUGGGCAUUUUUUUAUGUUCGCAUUAUGACUUUUUUUCUAAUGUCAGCAUUAUAGGCAAGAUUUAAGAAUUAGGGUUGAUGUGAUGGCAAAUAUUGAAAGCAAAUACACACAUAUAUAUGAAAUGAGCUGAGAAAGUGAGACGUAGUGAGAUGUGAACAGCAGUGGUAACAGUGGGUUGCUUCAACUUUAUGUCCAUUAAAAUAUAUUUUUCCCAUCAAAUGUCACCGUCAAGAGAGGAUGAAUUCUUGUGACACUCUGAAUAUUUUAAAUCCUGACAUCUAAAAUAAAAAGUGCAUAGGGAGAAGAAAAUGGUGAAUUGUGGCAGUGAGCAGCUGCCUUAGCAACAUGUGUGUGUUUAUUCGUUGGUUUUAUGUAAUGGCAUCAACUCAUUUUGUCAAUGAACCACAUCCUGUUUUCAGUCGCCUUUUAUGUGGUCCUGAAAGUUGUAAGACAGAGUUAUAUAGUUUUUUAAAUGGUGUUUCUAUCACACUGUAAUCAGUGGCAUACAUACAUUAACAUUAACUGUAGAGAAAUGAGAAUAAAGUGUAUAAAAUUUUAAAGACCUCGCUCAUGCCAUGGAAUAACAACGUAAUAUUAUGAAGCAUUUAAACAAUAUGUCUUCAUAUAUAAUCCGUCUGCAUCUUCAGUCGUUCUUAAGCUCUUCUCUUUCUGGUGCCGAACCAGUUUACUGCAUGCAUCCUGCUUCCUAUAUCUCAAAGCAUCCUUAAACAUAUUCCAGAGGCUGAGGCUCACGGCUGCAGGAAAGCGUUAGGCUACACAGUAAAUGUCGUGGUACGUUCAAUCCAUCGUAGAGGUUACUGCACACGACACAAACUGAACAGCAGCUCUGCUAUAUUCUACUCAAAGCACAAAGUAAGUGUUGCAAUAAUUAUUUAUUUCCAGAUAUCAACACACUUUUUGAUUGCCAGUCCUCCGGCUGGACAUUCUAGAUCGUCUUUGCUGAAUGGUAGGAGAUGCGUCUCGAUUGGUAGUUUUGCUUCCACCAGCUUCGUCACAAUAAAUUGUUCAUCUUCAGUAUACUGGUCCAUUGUACAGCCUCGUAUUCAUCCAGAUGUUUUGGGGUUUUUUUGGAAAAAAAAGUAAACAUAAAUACAUAAAUAAAUAUAUAAAUUCAGGGUUCUUUGAUUCAGGCAGUGUAGAAGCACCUUGCUUUAUCUCCUCCUCUAGUCUCCCACCUCGGUUGUUUCUCUCUUUCUUUCUCUUUCACUGUAGCUCUUAUAAAUAUGCUGAAAUGAAAUAUACUCUGUUGUUAGUGGUGAAUGAUGUCUUGUGAUACUCUCUAAGCCUUUGGAUAGUGCUGUGUUUAUUGUGUAUGAUGUAUUCCUAUUAGUAUUUAUGAUAAUGAUAAGUCAGAGAAAAAACAAAAUAACCCAGAUGCUCCAGAAUUCUGCUGUAUUCUUAUUAUAUGGGAUCCAUGUGAAACGAAAUUAAAUAAAAUUGAAAUUAUUCUGUUGAA